CUCCAGCUCCAGUCUUAACAUGAAUCAGCAGAGAUCCAGGGAGGGAGAGACUGGGGAAGCGCUAAACGUGACUCAGCAACUUUUCCUUCACACGGUUUAGACCCGUGACCGACAUACAGUUGACACGUCGAGUUCACCUGACGUUAUCGGGGAAAGAUACGGCCCGAAAUUAAGAUGGGUGAUGAAGCAGACCUAAUGAGUGGACUCAGCCAGAGAGAGAAGAAGAGGUCCUACAAAGACUUAAAGAAGGAUGUGGAAGAGACUAAAAAGGAUUUUAAUGAACGUAGCACCAACAGGCUUUACAAGGCGGAUCCUGAGCCUGCGCUGGAACCAAAAGGCUUGCUCAACAGCAAAAGACAACACUCUGAUUAUAGUGGAGCUGAGGCUGAACUUUAUGGAGCAGUGUCCUCUGGCUUCCUCCCUGCUUAUUCGGUCUGUUUGCCCCAAGACAGAUUGGGGAUAAGAGGAGUAGAAGAGGAUAGCCAAGACAAGUUGUUGCAUUCAUGUUGCACAGCAGAGGGCAGCAAUGAUCAGGCAAGUCCAAACUCCAUGUUGGAGUACUGCGUGUAUCUAGAUAACCAGCACAACAUGGCAGCCUGUCCCGUUGCCAGGACUUUCACCCCUCCUGCCACUCCAGUAACCCACAGGCCAUGUCCGUCCAUACCUGUUCCUAGUUCAGUGACAGCCAUUGCUUCUACAAUGAGCUCUGUGGUUAAUCCCAUGCUAUCAAGCCCAAUGACUGACACCUGUAGUCCCAGUAAAUCUAUGUGCAGUCCCACCGGUUCAGCCUGGGACACUCUCAGAUCCACAUCCAGGAGUUCUGGCUGCUCUGACCGGGACCCUGUCAUUGCUGCAGCUCACCUACACCUGUUGGGGGAAUCAUUGUCUCUGAUUGGACACCAUCUUCAGGAAACAAAUAUGGGUCCGGCUAUGCGAGACAACUUUGCUGAUGACUACUCUUCAAGUUAUUGGAGGUUGUUCAGUAAAAUGGUGAGUGUGUCGAGUAGCUUGUCUCUGCUCUUGGACUCUCUGCUGUGUGCCUUGGCUCCUCUAAUCUGCCUCACCUCACAGAUACCAGAGCUCAGGAGUUGCACACAACCCACACUGGAGGGAACACUUCUUUUUUUAAGGCCUCCACUCUGGAAAAUAUUGCCUAUGUGAUGCCUGGGAUGUGAGUGAUGAAGACCUCUCUAGCAGUACACAGCACAUUCUGAUUUGACACUAUAGAUUAGUUUACACUUUGUAAAUAAGUAUCUAAGUUCUAAAAAAAUUUGUUUACACUAUCAUUUACCCCCCCCCCCCACAAAUAUGCAAGUUCACUUUAAUAUGUCAUGUGUUGUGUUUUUUUUCUUGUAUUGGUUGUUCAAUUAAAACAUGUAUGAAGAUUGAA